AUGAACCCAAUUUACCUGGACCCCCAUCUUCGGGACCCAGGCUCUCGAACAAAAUCGCGCAAUGAUGCAGCAACUGGGGCCUCAGCAGCUGGUGUUCGUGCUGUUAGUGCGCAGAUGGUAGCCUUUUACUUCCGAGCUCCGAUCAAGGCUUUCUUUCGCACCCGUGCAUUUGCCCGAGCUGUGAAUCCCCGAGUUGCAGACGGCAAAUGGUCCAUUCACACCACUACCCCUGGCUUAUUGCUUCAUGCAGUCCGAACAUAUGGCUGGCAAUUCAUUCCGAACCAAGUCUUGCCACCUCUUUUGGCGAAUGCAGCCAUCGGAGCCGUUCUCUAUACCUCAUAUUUACAGAUGUUAGGGGCCCUCCAUGAGCCUGUGUCCCAAGGAGUUAAACGUGUCUGGCCUCCCGCGCCUCCAUCAGCCACCUUCACCGCUGGAUUUACCGCAGGAACUAUUCAAUCGAUCGUUGCGGCUCCCUUGGAUGCCCUACAGGUCCGCCUACAGACCAGUGAUAUGUUGGAGGGUCAGUACCGGAGUAUGUGGCAUUAUGGUCAUCACAAACUGAAACAGAUCGGGCUCCGGGGAGUAUUUGCCGGCUGGAGCCUCUCCUUUCUACGCGACUCGCUUGGUUAUGCCGUGUUUUUCUCCUCCUUCGAAUAUGUCAAAUCGCAGUCGUACUAUUCUUUCGUUACUUGGUAUUAUGGGUCUCUUCAUGCCGACCAUUUGGAUAUGCUUCCAUCUUCCGGGUCCAGCGAUCGAGGCGUGCCGCUUAUCAAACCUCAUUAUGCCCUGGAGCCUUGUUUCUUGAUGAUGGCGGGAGUGGCAGCAUCGGUAGCGCAGCAAGCCAUACAGCACCCUCUUAGCCGAAUCCAAAACCUACAUCUGGGCCGAUUAGAGUAUCUGGAUCACCAGGCGAGCUUAGACCCUUCACGACAACAGAUGCUCCGGCUGUACUACCAUGCCUACGAAGAGACCUGGAAACGAUGCCGACGCAAGGCCGAGCGGGCCGGUGGGUGGCGCUCAUGGUUAUUCCGCGGCUUUGUGAGCAGUUCCGUCCGACAGGUUCCUAGCACCAGUGCAGGUCUCAUCAUCUUUGAGCUAGUGCGGCGACGAUACGCGAAAUCCGCAAGCGAGAAAGGUAGCCGCCGCUCGUCCCACUCAUCAAUUCAUUCUGAGUCUGGCUUCUCCAUCUGGUCGGAUACCGGCGAUCUCGCCGAACGACUCGCGGAGGAUCCCUUCCAGAACCGCCCGAACGAGUCCCUCGAGCGUGACUUUUUGGUCCGUAAAGGACGGCAGAACUCCUCCAAGCGGGUACACUACCCGCAAGAUUUGGAGACCCAUACCACAGCUCUCAAGGAGAAGAUUAAAAUCCCCACUCCUUCACCACGGCGGAUCUCUCGAGUAGAACGGCUCUUAGCCAACAUUAUGACCCCCAGCAAUAGGCAAAAUGCCCAAGUUCAUGGCUUGGUGGGAAAACCCCUGCUGUAUUUCACAAGUGUCUUCGUAUCACUAGGAGUGUUCCUGUUUGGUUAUGACCAGGGCGUCAUGUCCGGUAUCAUCACUGGCUGGUACUUUGAUGACUACUUUGACCAGCCCUCGCGGGCCACGAUUGGCACUGUGGUGGCCAUUUUGGAAAUUGGGGCAUUUAUCUCUUCUCUCAUGGUCGGCCAAAUUGGGGAUCUGAUAGGCCGACGAAAGACGAUUCUCUAUGGUUCAUUAGUGUUCUUCAUCGGAGGUAGUCUCCAAACCCUGGCUACCAGCAUGGCUAUGAUGAUGGUGGGCCGCAUUAUUGCUGGUUUCGGCGUGGGUGCUUUGUCGACAAUUGUGCCCGUGUAUCAGUCGGAAAUUUCACCUCCCCAUAACCGCGGUAAGUUGGCCUGCAUUGAGUUCACUGGAAACAUCGCCGGAUAUGCAACCAGUGUAUGGGUGGACUACUUCUGUAGCUUCAUUGAGUCGAAUUACUCCUGGCGGCUGCCUCUUCUAUUUCAAUGUAUCAUGGGUCUCGCCCUUGGAAUCGGAAGUUUGCUCAUCUGCGAGUCUCCCCGAUGGCUCUUGGACAACGACCAUGACGAGGAAGGCAUGGUGGUUAUCGCCAAUCUCUAUGGCGAAGGUGACAUCCAUAAUGAUAAAGCACGACAAGAAUAUCGCGAAAUUAAAAUGGGGGUUCUCCUGCACCGCCAGGAAGGAGAAAGAUCCUACGGGGACAUGUUUCGCCGCUAUAAUAAACGAGUUUUCAUCGCCAUGUCGGCCCAAGCCCUAGCCCAGCUGAACGGCAUCAACGUCAUUUCGUACUAUGCACCCCUUGUUUUCGAAUCCGCUGGCUGGGCUGGUCGAGAUGCCAUCCUCAUGACAGGUAUCAACGGGAUUUCGUAUCUUCUUUCCACCAUCCCUCCGUGGUACCUGGUUGAUGGCUGGGGUCGACGGCCAAUUCUACUGUCGGGAGCAGUAGCGAUGCUCAUCUCUCUCUCCUUGAUAUCCUACUUCAUCUAUAUCGAGAUUAGUGCCACGCCCACCUUGACUGUGAUUUUCGUCAUGGUCUACAACGCCGCAUUUGGGGCGUCAUGGGGUCCAAUCCCGUGGCUUUAUCCCCCUGAGAUUCUUCCUUUGAGCAUCCGUGCCAAGGGAGCCAGUUUGAGUACCGCGGCCAAUUGGGCUUGCAAUUGGCUUGUCGGAGAAGUGACUCCAGUUCUACAGGGUGCUAUUAAAUGGCGACUGUAUCUGGUCCAUGCCUUUUUUUGCGCAUGCAGCUUUGUAGUUGUGUACUUUUUGUACCCCGAGACUAGUGGUGUUCGACUAGAAGAUAUGAAUGUUUUAUUUGGGGAUGCGUCGACCGCCAUGCCCACCCCAGCCACUGAUGGUGAGCGAGGAUCACUCAUUGGUGCUGGAUCACCUGUUCCUUCUCUCGAUAUACGCCGACCAUCCGGCCAGUUUGGAAGUGAGAGUGCUAUUCCCGGUCUCGAUAUUGACCCUCCAUCUUUAAGUCAGAGCCAUGAUGGGCCCAGCAAGUCUGGUCAGCCCAAUUCUCCCCCGGGUGGGAGUCGAGGUGAAGGAAUUGGUGGCUGGAUUUCGAAUAUGGUCAGCCGGCAACGAAGUACUACCAGUCAAAGCUAUCGACGCUUGGAACAGGGAGAGGGGGGAAAUGAGUGA